AUGUGGAUCUGGACAUCUCGUCGCCUUCAACAACAGCAGAAAGUAAUAGCAUCUGCCGUCAGCUCUCAACCUAUCAAUGUCAACAGGACCUACUUCCAGAAUCGACUGAUGACCUCAGUGAAACAAUUCAAUGGCAAGGAUUUCAGUUUGAGGAUUGUCCCGAUUUUGUUUCAAGAUGCCGGAACUUACAGAUGUUCAAUAGGAGCAUAUCCAUAUCUGACAAUUGAUCUAAUCACCGUGAAAGUCACAGCUGAAAUGUCUGAUCCAGUGACUGAGGGAGACACCGUUACACUGACCUGCUCUGUGUCUCACGUUACUGAGUCAAUGAGACUGGUUUGGAUCAAUGGCGAUGGCAAAAGUGUUGGCGACAUGUCACUGACUGUGGAAGAGAAAUCACUGAGUCUGGCUAUUCAGAAAGCUGAGAGAGGCAGAGGGAACUGGAGAUGUGGUUUGUUUCAUCAAGAUCAGCCCCGGCUUUUUGUCCCGUACUAUCAGGAGCCCCGUGGAUGUGGAGAUUCUAUUUACUUUUUCCACCAGGAAGGCAACUUUGUAUUGAAAGGACCAGACAGUCCUGGAAAUGGCCCCAUUGUCUGGGAAUGGAGGCCACACUCAGGGCAACAAACCACAAAGCGAUUGGCUACUUUUCACAGAGAAGAUCAGCAGUGGGCCGUACAAUGGAGUGAUGAGUACAAUCGAACACCAGAUGCUCCCCUUUGA